AUGGCGCAUAUCGAUGCCGGCAAGACCACCACCACCGAACGCAUGCUCUAUUACACGGGCCGCACGCACAAGCUCGGCGAGGUCCACGACGGUCAGGCCGAGAUGGACUGGAUGGAGUUGGAGAAGGAGCGUGGUAUCACCAUCACCGCCGCCGCCACCUCCUGCCCGUGGCGCGAUCACGACAUCAACAUCAUCGACACGCCCGGCCAUGUCGACUUCACCGUGGAGGUGGAGCGCUCGCUGUGCAUCCUGGACGGCGCGGUGGCCGUGUUCUGCGCGGUGCCGCGCAUCGUGUUCGUCAACAAGAUGGAUCGGACCGGGGCGCGCUUCGCCGAUGUCGUGGACGAGUUGCACGACAAGCUCGGCGCCGACGCGGUGCCGGUCCAGAUUCCAGUGACGGAGGGCGCCGGGUUCUCCAGCAUCAUCGACCUCGUCUCCAUGCAGAUCGUCGAGUGGGACGACUCCGAGCACGGGACCGAGUACCGCGCACGGCCGAUCCCGGCGGACCUCCUGCCGACGGCCGAAGGACACCGGAUCGAUCUGUACGAAAAGCUCGCCGAUCACGACGACGCAUUCAUGGAGGAGUACCUGGCCGGCGGGAACAUCUCCCCGGAGCGUGUCCGGUACGGUCCUCAGGAAGGCGUCCAGCUGCUUUUGGACGCGGUCGUCGACUACCUGCCGUCGCCGCUGGACAAGGAACCGGUGUCGGGCAUACGGCCGGCCGACGGUGAGUACGUCGACCGCAAGCCUGCCGACGAUGAGCCGUUCUCGGCGAUGGCCUUCAAGGUCGCCACCGAUCCGUACGUCGGCCGGCUCACCUACGUGCGCGUCUACUCGGGCGUGCUGCCGUCCGGAUCGUAUGUAUUCAACGCCACCGCGGACGUUCGGGAACGCGCCACGCGCAUCCUGCGCAUGCACGCCAAUCGCCGCGAGGAGGUCGAUGCCCUGCGGACCGGCGACAUCGGCGCGGUGGUAGGCGCACGGCGCACCACCACCGGCGAUACGCUCUGCGACGCCAGCGCGCCGUUGCUGCUCGAGUCGAUGGUGUUCCCGGACCCGGUCGUGUCGAUCGCCAUCGAGCCGAAGUCGAAGACGGAGUCCGACAAGCUGGGCUUGGCCCUGCGUGCGUUGUCCGAGGAGGAUCCGACCUUCCAUGUUCGCUACGAUGCCGAGGUCAGCCAGACGAUCAUCUCCGGGAUGGGCGAGUUGCAUCUGGACGUGCUGGUUCAGCGGUUGUUGCGGGAAUUUGCGGUCGAUGCCGAUGUCGGCCGGCCGGAGGUGGCCUAUCGCGAGGCGCUGACCAGGGUGGCCGAGGCCGAAGGACGCUUCGUCCGACAGACCGGCGGCCGCGGUCAAUACGGGCAUGUCGUGAUGCGUUUCGAGCCGCUGCCGCCGGGCGCGGGCUUCGUGUUCGAGAGCAAGAUCGUCAAGGAGACGGGUUCCAUCGCCGGCUAUCCGAUGGUGGACUUUCGCGCCGUGCUGCUCGACGGCUCUUACCACGACGUGGACUCGAGCGAGAUCGCCUUCACUGUGGCCGCCACGAUGGCGUACCACGACGCGGUGCGCCGUGCCGGACCGGCGAUCCUGGAGCCGAUCAUGGACGUCGAAGUGUGCGCGCCCGACGUCCAUCUGGGCGAUGUGAUCGCGGAUCUGGGUGCCCGGUCAGGUCAGAUAGCAUCGGUUGACGACCGCUUCGGCGGCAAGGUGGUCACCGCCCGCCGUGCCGCUGCGGUCCAUGUUCGGUUCGCUGCCUACCGCCGCGUCCCCGCUGCGGUACAGGAAGAGAUAAUCCAACGCGCGGGCCGCGCGGCGGAACGGAACCAUACUCCCGUAGCUUGA